AGCCAUUAAACCACAGAAGUAGAAGAAUUGACGUCUUCGACGCCAUGAUUUUAUGCUGUGACCAGAAAAUGGAUGCUUCUUCUUGAUGUUUCUGUAUAUCUGCUAGAGCUUUGUGCUACAUAUUACUGGUUUUAUGGAGUCUCAUUUGAAAACACAGCGUAGCGAGUUGGUUUCCCUGUAGACCACAAUGACCCUGGGAACGGUUAGAAACCCUUAGGCUUCGGAGUUGCUAGCUAGCUAAAAGAGGCUAGCCGGAUAUUUCGAACCGUUGUAUUAAUGAAAUUGUGCGAUUUCCCCAGCUUGUUACAGAAGCAUAACUUGGACUAGAGGCUACAUCUUAAGGCAUGGCCCGGAUUUGACGGCGCUGGUGAUGGCAGAAAGGACUGACGCGGGCGAAAUGUCAUCCUUUGACCCAAGUUAUGGUUCAGAAGCAAAAAAGAGACCUCUUUCUUCUGAUGGCGGAGACGAGCCCAUGAGGAAAAUGCCUGUCACAAAAUUCGGCUCCAGACCUCAGUUUGAACCUGUGCACUUUGUCAGUGGUGGAAACAGUGGAGGAUUUGGUACUGAUGAGAAGGAAAACAAUAAGGAGCGCAGGAGGAGUGAGUCACAUGGUGUGAGACACUGGGAUUCCCAACACACCACCUCAUCUUUCUACAGCAGCACUAGCAGGGCACAGGGCUUCUCUUCUCUUAGGCCUGCUUUUGACCGAAUGCCAUCACACUCUUCUGACUUUUGGGGUUCUCACAGAGACGGAGAGAUUUCCUCAGGUAGCACUAGUGGACUAGGUUAUGGAGGUCAUGGAUCAUCUUCAAACUAUAUGUCUAAAACACAGCAGGACUACACAGCCAAGUACGAAGCCCACGCCUCUUUUCACAGCUUGGACUCUUAUUCUAAGCCCCAGAGAUUCAAUGGGCAUGGAGGAGGUAGUAGAACUGGAGGUUGGGAUUCGGGACGUCAGGGUUUGGGUUACGGUCAUCAGGACAGGCCCUCAUCCAGUGGGCCUUUUAGCAGAGUGUACAACAGUCCGGGUAGAAGCAGUCCUAAUGUGUCUCUGCCAGGCCCUUCACAGCCUCAUCUGGUUUCUCAGUUGACUUUAGAUGAAAAGCAGAGGCUUAUUGCCAGUGUUGCUAAUGCACUGGCCAUAGCUUUCCGGAACCCCGUGUUAAUGACUGGGAGUGACUCACCAAACUAUAAUUUCAUGUUGAGCCGCAGCAUCCAGGCCUGCAAAACCAACCCUGAGUAUAUUUAUGUCAACCUGAAAGACAUUCCUCCAGCGGACCUACCAAAGAACAGAAAAGUACCGACAGAUGGUUAUGCCUGUGAAUUAAGAUGUCAGGGUGUGUAUCUUGCUACUGGAUAUUCUGGCAGCAAAAAUGGAGCAAGAGACCGGGCUUCUGAGCAGGCUGUCAAGCUGUUCCUAAAACCAGUUGAGGUUCGCCUCGUGCAGCGGAAGUACAGACGUUUAAUAGUCAAUGACAUGGUUGUGUGCCAGAUGCACAGCCCAACGCCACCAUUUCUACCUGCCCUCCGAAAUCCAGAAGACAAACCAGCACCCAGCUCUAAGAACCAGUAUGAGCCUGACAGGCAUAAACACUGGACAGAAUUUGUGGUCAUGGACAAUGCUCAUGAUGCCAUCUGCAUUCUGAACAACUCGAAUGCUUUCAAUCGCAUGAAGAUUGAUUACAAGUUUGAUCAGUUACCAAACAAUAUGUGGCUGUGUAGUGUUUUCCUGCAGGAUGAGCUGGUCGCACAGGCGUCAGGAACUAAAAAGAGCUCAAAGCACGCUGCAGCUGAAGCAGCAGUGAACAAACUUCGAAUGAACCAAGCACAACGAGAACACCAGCAGCAACAGCAACAAUCACAGUCCUCCAGAGGAAAUAACCAGUCACAUAUUGGUGGACAUGUAGGACAGCAAGGUAACAAGAAGCAACUGAGUGAGCUUGUAGUCCUCGAGAACUCCGACAAUGCAAUCUGCAUCAUAAACGAUACUGCUCAGUUUAAUAAAGUCACCGCUGAUUACAAAUUCUCAGUUCUACCUGAUCAUCGCUGGAAGUGUGAAGUGUAUCUCGAAGGACAAUAUGUUGCUGCAGGAAUUGGGCCAAAGAAAAUGGUUAAGCACAUUGCUGCAAAUGAGGCUUUAGCGACUUUAAGACAAACGCAAGCUGUGGUGAAAUCCAACCUGCGAAAGGAAGGACACAACGACACUAUUUCCCGUUCUCAGAUUCAAGGUCGCUCAGGUGAGGAGGCCAUAAAGCAAGAGAUCAAGGAAGACAACAUCGGAAACCAGCUUCUCCGUAAAAUGGGCUGGAAAGGAGGUGGUCUGGGCCGUGAUGGGGAGGGUAUCGCAGAACCAAUCAGAGUGAAAGAGCAGUUCUCCAGAGAAGGUUUGGGGAUGGACACGGAUAAAAAUGGGAAUCAGCUGACCAAGCGCGACAUUGAGGACAUAAUUCGAAAUUAUGCCAGUUCAGACCGAACAGACGACCUUCGGUUCUCCAAUGAGCUGACCAAUGAUGAGCGAAAACAGAUCCAUCAGGUGUCCCAGAAGUACGGCCUACGGAGCAAGUCAUACGGACAGGGAUGGCAGCGGUUUCUUGUUGUGAGUCGCAAAGUACACAAAGACCAGCUGAUAGGUCAACUUUUACAGGAAGGACAGGUGGGACGAUACGAGCUUGUUAAACCUCAGGCCUCUCAUUAAAAUGCAUGGAAAAUAGGCUAAUUUCCAUCAAGUUGGACUUUUAAAACUAUCCCAAGUGUACCUGCUGUCUGUAAUCCAGAUCAUUUAAUAGGCUGGAAAUGAUCAGGUAUAACGGACUUUUGCAUUCCUCAACUGUGAGCUCCUCUACUUCAGCGGGGUGCGUAAUCCUAGUUUCCAGCCUUUGUACAUCUGAGCUUGUAGUCUGCUUUGUGGGAUUAUCUCCUGACAGUGAAGAUUUUCCAUUUCAAUAGAGAAACUUUUGUUUGUAAAAUCAUUGUUUUAUUUAUAAACCUGGCAGAAUAUGCAGCUUUUUUGCUUGUUUUGGAAAAAUUAUGACAACUGACUCAUUAAAAACAAGGAUUGGAGUGGUAUUAACAUCCAACUGUAGCUAAGCGUUCCAGUCUCACUGUAGUGAUAUCUGUAAUCGCAGUAUUAGUUUUUACGGCAUAGUCCCACAGAAGCUGCGUCAGUGGUCAAAAAAUCUCAAAAUUGUGGUCUUUGUUAAAUGUGGACUGUUUGUGAGUACAGUUAGCCUGUCUGCUUGUUUUCACAGUUGUACAUACUUAUUAAAUAAAAUUGAUAAGACUGGUUUCA